UGACCACGUGGUUUAAUGAGAUGAUCAGCUGACUCUGCCAGAGGAGGAAGAGGGAUGAAGAUGGAAGGAAACAGAGACGAAGCUGAAAAAUGUAUUAAUAUAGCGACCAAAUCCCUUAACGUCGGAGAUAAAGAGAAAGCGUUGAAGUUUCUCAACAAAGCAGAGAAGCUUUAUCCAACUACCAGAGCAAAAGCUUUGUUGGACGCAUUAACUAAGAAUGGGAGCUCAGCAGGUAACGGUGCAUUUCGCAGGAGGACAGCAGACGGCUCAGAAAGCACCGGAGCUCAGCCGGAGAGGGACGGCCAAGAGUCCGGAGGAGGAGACCUUAAAGCCUUCACCAAAGAGCAGGUGGAAGGUGUGCAAAAAAUAAAGCGGUGUAAGGACUACUAUGAAGUGCUGGGUGUCAAUAAAGAAGUCAAUGAGGAUGAGCUAAAGAAGGCCUACAGGAAACUAGCGCUCAAGUUCCAUCCAGACAAAAACCAUGCACCUGGAGCGACAGAGGCCUUUAAAAAGAUUGGUAAUUCAUACGCAGUGCUCAGUAACCCAGACAAACGACGGCAGUACGACCUGACGGGAGGAGAGGAGCCCAGCAGCCCGGGUAACUCUCAUGGAGGAGGGGGAGGGGGGGGCUUCGACUUCCACCGGGGCUUCGAGGCCGACAUCACUCCUGAGGACCUCUUCAACAUGUUCUUUGGAGGUGGCUUCCCCUCCUGUAAGUCAGCACUUAACACAUCGAAUCAAGUUGUGAUUAAUCCAAAUAUAUCGAUUUUUUUAUUCAUUAAGUUUUCUGACAUCACAUGCUCUUAUUGUAGUAGGUAAUAGGACUUAUUUUUA